AUGAUAGUUAUCUUAGGAAAAAUUGAUCAAAAUAUCCAAACUAUCACCUCUUCGAGAGGCAAAAUUUUAAAUUAUUUGAAAAGCAAUUACCAUGAGAAAUGUAUAUUAAUUUUUAAAAAAUGCUUGGUUGAACAAAUUAUGAAAAAUAUUGAAAAAAAUCCACAAUUUGCAAUUGAGCGUGGAAUUGGAAUCUCUAAAAAAUUGGACAUUGAAUUAGGUUUGGGAGUUGAUGAGAAGGAUGAAGCAUUUGAUAGUUUGUUUUUGCGGACUGUUACUGAACUCUCAGAAGUGAUAGCUGCCGAUAUUAAUAACAGGCUCGUUGGAAUUACUUCUGAAGAAGUUCAUAAUUUAAUGUUUGAUAAUGAUAAAUAUUUAAAUAUUGCCAAAAUGAUUGCUACUGAACAAACUAGAAUACUCAAAGAAAAGGAAAAAUCGAAAAUUAACGUAGCUGUUCAACACAAAACCAAACCAAAAAUAAAUCUUAAUGAUAAUCAGAAUCAUAAGAAGUUAAUUUUAGGAGGAAAUGAUCGUACAAUUCUAGGAGGAGGAAAGGAUCGUACAAUUGGCAAAGCCAUUGAGUCUGUGCAGCCAAAAUUUAAAGCGCCACAGCCAAAAGAGAAUCCAAGCUUUGUUUAUCGCGAAUAUAAAGGGAUUCCAAGUGUUCUUAAUGAAAAUACUCCAAAAAAUGCUAAUAAAUUUUCACAACAUGAAGCAGGAACUUCCUCUCAAUCUCCUAAAAAAGACAAAAUUGUGGAAAAAAAUAAAGCUCCAGAGCCCAUUCCUUUUACAAAAGCAAUUGCAAAUAUGAACUCUGAUUAUGUUUCUGUUAAAAGAAAUCAGGCUAAUCCGGACGUGAAAAUUAUUAAAAAAUCCUCCCCUAAGCAAACAUCUUCUGAUGACUCUUUAGACUAUUAUACUGCAGAUAGUAAUUUUGAUGGAGACGAGGAAUUCGAAAAUAUUGAAAAAUCGGAAGCAGAAACGAAGGAGAAGAAAAACGAGGAGGAUUGGGUGCAUGUUGCCAAAAAGAAUAACGAAGAACCAUCGACUUCAAGUUAUGCCGUGGUAAUGGAAGAGGACAACGAUGAUAUGGAAGACGAUUUUUUUAAAGUCUAG